AUGCAAUUUUCUGUGGCUACUACGCCCAUCACUAACAGUAACUUUAAAUCUCGAGCCUUCAAGGUUGUAUCGGACCAUCUGGCAACGCUCAAGGCAAAUGGCGAGAAGGGGACCAGCAUCGGUACAGCGAGCCGCGCUGAUCCCAUCCUUCCUCCCCUCACGCCGGAGGACACCAGCAUGUUCCCCUCACAGGCAGUCAAUACUUAUGUUGCAUACACAAGCCCCUGGAUCGACCUUUGCUCAAAUGAUCCUGUCAUUGCCAACAUCUCUCGCCAAGUGCUGAACCUCGAGGUCAACUAUGCCAGCUGGUGCGGCGUGAAGAGUAUCAUCAUUACUGGACCAGGCCAGGACGCGUCCAAGGAUGGAGGAAACCAAGGUCUCGCGCAAUACUCCAGAGCCAUUCAGGAGGUCUUGACUAUUGCGCCCUCUAUAUCUAUUUUGAUCCACAUUCCCAUGUAUCGCGAGCCGCUUGUGGGAGUCCAGAACGAGACACUCUCCUCGUUGAAUGAGCAGGAAACUUCGAAAGCUGCUGGGGGCGAUAUUGAUAUCUUUACGAGCUGGGAUUCCUGGAACCAGAUUAGAUCGGUUUGUAAAUACAACCCCAGGCUUCUUGUUGCGCUGAAGGUGCCAAAAGUCAUGGCAGAGAAAGAUCUGCAAAACCGUUGGUUCUGUGAACCCCUCCACUACUUGACCCUUGGCCCCGAGGUGUUCCAGAAAAACAAGGCAGGCUAUCCCAGCCUUACCAGAAACCACCAGGAUAUGAUUUUCGCCUACAUGCGCUUGAAGAACGCGCCGUGGCUUCUGCUUUGCGACGUUGGCCCUGAUGUGCGACACAUUACGGAUGGUAAGGAUGAGAAACCGCCUUUGUCGGAGGCUGAUUUUCCUAGCCUAGAGGAAGCCAGAAGACCCGCGUUUCGUGUGUCUACAGAUUCCAACGUUUACUGCGAGUACUUGCGGUGGCUGGAGACACAACAGGCACCAUUUUCAGUCCUGGAGACACCCAUUCUCACCAACUUCCAAGAUUGGCUGCAGUCGCCGUUGCAGCCGCUAUCAGACAAUCUUGAAUCAGCAACCUAUGAGGUCUUCGAAAAUGAUGCCAUCAAAUACGACCAAUACGAGCUGGCCAUAGCUGAGGCAUUGAAAGAAUGGAACGAACUUAAUCUCCCCACAUCCAAGCCUGGUGUCAUUGUAAUGGCAGUUGCUGGCUCUGGCCGUGGUCCUAUAGUGACCAAGGCUAUCCAAGCCGCGGAAUCUACUGGUUCCAAAGUGGAAGUCUGGGCUCUUGAAAAGAACCCCAACGCAUAUGUGUACCUCCUCCGCCAAAAUGCCCAGAAAUGGGGCGGUAAAGUCAAUGUCGUUAAGACGGACAUGCGCGCAUGGAAAGGCCCAUUGAUUUCAGAGUCACCUGAGACUGGACCAGUUUACGGCAAGAUCGAUAUCCUCAUUUCUGAGCUACUCGGCUCCUUUGGUGAUAACGAACUUUCUCCCGAAUGUUUGGAUGGUAUCCAGCACGUUUUGGCAAAACCUCACGGCAUUUCCAUUCCACAGUCUUACACAGCACACCUGAGCCCUAUCGCCACACCAAAGCUUUACGCAGACAUUUACACAAGGGCUCAGACUGAUGCUACUGCAUUCGAUACUCCUUGGGUGGUGAGCCUGUUUCAACUGGACUUUGUGGCUCAAAAGGUACCAGGCCACCCAAGAUUUCAGGAAGCAUGGGAAUUUUCACACCCCAUUCCUGAUUCCACGCUUGACGCCGUUGUAGCGCGACGUUCCGGAGGAGUGGUCGGCGGUACAGGAGGAUCCAUGGCAGGCGCUGCAGGAGCCAACGAUCACAACUCUAGAUUUUGCCAUUUGACAUUCGUUGCUCGAACUCGUGGAGUUGCCCACGGAUUAGCAGGGUAUUUCGAAUCCACCUUGUAUGAGCGAAAGUCGGGCCCGAGCAAGGGCAAGAAGACUGAGAUUAGCAUUCACCCGGAGCGAAUUGAUGAGAAGAGCAAAGACAUGGUGUCUUGGUUCCCUAUCUUCUUCCCACUGAAACAACCCCUUUACUUCCCUGCGGAUACUGAGCUGGAAGUUAGCAUGUGGAGGCAGACCGACGACACCAAGGUCUGGUACGAAUGGCUCGUGGAGGCCUGGACAUGGGUUGGACCCUCGGCACGUGUCAAGGUGGCAUCUUCGGAUAUCUGUAGCAGCCGCAAGAUCGCCUGUCUGAUGUAG